AUGGAUAAACAUCCUGGAACGUCCCGAAACACCGGGAACUCUUGGAGAGGUCGACGUCGAGUAAAUCCGGAAAUGGAGAGAAAUAGGAACAAUAAUAAUAGACAGAAUACCAUACAUAACAGAGGGAGAAAAGCAAAUAAUACUGUCGAAAAAUCUCGACAUGUUGGAUUUUUAUUUUUGCAAAGACUCGCAGAACAGAAUAAAAACGAAAUAUUAAUACAGUUCAACAACAACCAAAAUCGUUUCAUUGAAAUGUUGCAAGGCUGCUUCGAAAAUCCAAACAUUUAUUACUUGAUCUUGUCUUUAACAAGUAAAGUGUGUGAUAGUGAUUUCGAUGAAUUAAAAUUACAAUUUCUCCUUGCCGUAUGUAAUACCAAUUUCACAAAGAAUUUAAACAACUAUAUUAUGGAAUUACCCUUUUCUCGGAACAGAGAAGAAAACUCUCUGUAUUGGAACAACCAAACGAAAUUUUGGGAUAAUUUAAUUACAUUCCUAGAAUCAAUUUUUAAAAUUUCACCAUCUACAGCCAUGAGUAGAUGCAGAGUGCUAAUAGAGGGUACUUCGAAAUGUUGUAUUUAUUUGCUAAAGGAAAACCAUACUUUUGAGUUGCCUGAUGAAGAUCAAUUAAGACUUGAAAAAUUGAGACAAUAUGUAACUGAGUAUGAACAAGCCCAAACAUUAAAAAAGGAGAAUGUAACAGCCGGAGAAAUUAUUGAAUAUGGCGAACCAACCACGUCAUUCCGAGAUUUACCAAUAUUUCCAACGGAAGAAGAUAUGACAGUCAGAACACCUUUUCUCCGGCCAAACAUCGUGAAUGGAGCAUACAGUGAUGUAGAGCACUAUUUGGAUGUUCAGUUUAGAUUGCUCAGAGAAGAUUGUUUUGGCCCAAUUCGCGACGGAAUAAUGCAAUACAUUAAUGAUUCGACAAGAAAAAAAUACGACAACAUAAGAUUAUUUCGGAACGUUACCUUUGCCGAGCCCUAUGUAUCAUCUACCGCAUUUGGUACCAUCGUUCAGGUCGAUGCCAAGACGUCGAAUGCCUUCAAAAAAGUGAAUUGGGUCUAUAACAAACGAUUUUUGUUUGGUGCAUUAAUCCUCUUGUCUAAAGAUAAUUGUCAAAACUUUAUUGUGGCAACCGUGUUGGAUCGGGAACCUACGUAUCUUCGGCAAGGAAAGAUCCCUGUUGCUAUUGUACAUUCGAAUACGGAACUUGAUUUUGACAAUAAAGAAAAAUACAUAAUGAUUGAGAGUGACGUUUACUUUGAACCUUAUCAUCAUGUUUUAAAAGUACUAAAGGAUCCCACAUUUGCUGCAGAUUUACCAAUGAAAAAGUAUUUAGUUGACGUUCAGCCUACUUCUAAAGUUCCGAAACAUUUUGAAGGCAGAGAAGAUUACCUUAAUACGAUAUUGGCGUCUUCUGAGACAUGUUUUAAUGAAAGUCAAUUCGAAGCUUUUAAAUUAGCUUUAACACAUGAACUUGCAGUCAUUCAGGGGCCACCAGGCACAGGAAAAACGUAUCUAGGUGUUAAAGUAGCAGAAACAUUAUUAAAAACUCUUAAAACGAGGGGAUGUUUAUUGCUUAUUAUUUGUUACACAAAUCACGCUCUGGACCAGUUUUUAGAAGGUAUUUUAAAGGAAACUCAUUCAAUUGUACGCAUCGGUGGAAGGUCGCGUAUGGAGAAGAUGAAACAGCUCAACCUGAACUGGAUUCGAAGUAACAGUGAAUCGAACUCUACUAAACACAUGUAUUAUACGAAAAGGAACGAACUAAAAGAUAAAGUACGUUCAUUAAAACAAUUGCAACAUAAUAUUUUUUGUCUAGAACAGGGGAUCGUGAAGUUUCAUAUACUAAAACUAGUCAAAAUUAGCCGCGAAAUGUGUCAAAACAUUGAAAAGCGCUAUGACACUAAUAAAAAUUGUGGAGUUUUAGAACAGUGGUUAUUCGAAAAUGUGACCUAUGAUUGGGAUAAACCAUUCACCAUUUCCUUAGACUACAUAAAACAGAAGUUGAGUGAAACUGAGGAGAAGAAGGUUGAGAAGGACGACUACGACCGAAGCAUUGACGACGAAGACACAGAUAUAAAAAUCGAAGAUUUGACUGACAUUUGUGAUUUUACCAUCAAUAAAUGUUAUGCGAAUCUAUUAAGACUACACGAUGAUAUAAACAAAAAACAAAAACUAUAUGAAAUUAAUACGAUUCGCGACAACGUAAUUGUUUUAGAAACGAAGAUUACCAUUUAUAAAGAAAUGAGGACCCGCUGGAAUAACGAUGAAGACAAAACUAACUGUCAAUACUCAAGGGAUCCAACAAGAAUGUCUAUCUAUAGUCGUUGGAAGUUAUAUUUUAGAUGGAUUGAUAUCUUAAAAGAUGAGUUGUUAAAAAAUGUUAAAGUGCUGCAGGAAGAAGCCACGACAGCCAAUACCGCGUAUGAGGAAGCUCGAAUGUUGCACGAUUUAAGCCUUAUACAAAAUAAACGUGUGGUUGGUAUGACUACCACUUGUGCGGCAAGGAUACGAAAGUUUAUCAAGGAGUUGGCCCCGCCAAUUGUAAUCGUUGAAGAAGCUGCUGAAGUGCUGGAGCAGCACAUAAUAGCUUCACUUCAGAAGCAUUGUCAACAUCUUAUACUUAUCGGGGAUCACCAACAGUUGCGACCUUCGGCGGCGCAUAUGGAAUUAGCCAAGAAUUAUAAUAUCGAAGUGUCCCUGUUUGAGCGUUUGAUCAACAACAACAUACACAGUCGCCGCCUCUCCGUUCAACAUCGGAUGCGUCCGGAAAUUGCCGCUCUAAUAUCUCCACAUAUUUACCCUGAUUUGGAAAAUCAUCCUUCAGUUGAAACGUAUGCAAACGUCCGUGGAGUAACUAAGAAUGUCUUUUUCUUCACACACGAACAUCCUGAAGAGAUCUCUGGUGAUAGUACAAGUAAAUUCAACAGUAAAGAAGCGGACAUCAUCCUAAGAUUUGCCAACUAUAUUUUGCAACAGGGUUACCAACCACAGGAUGUUACUAUACUGAGUGCGUACACUGCACAAAUGUUUUAUUUGAAGAAGGGCAAACAGAGCUACCUACACCUUAGAGAUGUCAAUAUAACGGUUGUUGAUAAUUAUCAAGGCGAAGAAUCCAAAAUCAUAAUACUUUCUCUCGUUAGAAACAAUUUGGAUAAUAAAAUUGGCUUUUUAGGCAACGCUAACAGAAUUUGUGUUGCCCUAUCUAGGGCUAAGGAAGGUUUCUACAUAUUCGGAAAUAUAAAUAUGCUGAAGAGGCAGUCUAAGUUGUGGGAAAAUAUUUGUGAAACUUUAGAAGAGAAGAAUUCAGUUGGUGAAAAGCUGAAACUAAAAUGUAGCUUUCACCCAGAGCAAGUAACAAGUAUUACUUCAGAUGAAGACUUCGAUAAAGUACCUGAAGGAGGUUGUCUGCAAAAAUGCAACUUAAACUUAAGUUGCUCGCACACCUGCCCUUUGGUUUGUCACAGUUAUGAUAGGAAUCAUGAAAAGAUACAAUGCAUCGAAAAAUGUGAAAGGAUCCUUUGCGAUUUAAAUCACGUAUGCCCUUUAAACUGUGCAGUCAAAUGCGAUCAAUGUAAAGUCAUAGUAAACAAAUGUUUGCCCUGCGGCCAUAACCAAGAUGCAAUGUGUUUCAUGGAACCAAAUCAAGUGAAAUGCUUAGUGACUAUCACUGUGAAACUGCCCCAUUGUGGACAUGAGGCUCAAAAAGCAUGCUAUGUAAAUAUUACUAGCGUUCUGUGCCCGAUACCUUGUGAAGCACGUUUACAAUGCGGGCACGGAUGCACACGCACCUGCCACGCCAAUGAUCGAGAACAUGAAGAGUUUACAUGCGAAAAGCAAUGCGCAAAAUUGAAAAAGGGCUGCACUUUUGCGUCCGAGGAAGGAAAUCAGGAUCACAAAUGUCAAAAGAAAUGCUACGAAUCUUGUGACGAGUGUAAAGUGGAGGUGACGAAGAAAAGGAAAAGUUGCACGCAUAGUGCACGCAUUCCAUGCAAUGUUGAUGUCGAUGCCACACCAUGCAUGAACAAUUGUGCCCGUUUAUUGCCAUGCAACCACCACUGUAAGAUGAAAUGUCAUGAACCAUGCGGCGGAUGUAAGCAACUUGUAAGGAAACCGCUUGAUUGUGGUCAUCUUGUCCAAGUACCUUGUUCUGCGGACACAACUAAGGAAAGGUGUACGGAAAAGUGCAAACUUUUACUAAAAUGUGGACACCCGUGCCCCAAAAAAUGUGGAGAACCUUGCGUAUCGCAAACUUGUAACGUAUUAUCCAGUCGUGACGUAAAAGGACCCUGUGGCCAUAUCGUGACUUUAACUUGUGGUUUAGCGGAUCUAUGGGAAAAUGGUAUUACAAUUGAAGAUGAAGCUAUUUUAAAAUUAUGUAACAAACCUUGUGACACCAUGUUGGGGUGUGACCAUCCUUGCAAAGGAUCUUGUUCAAAAUGCUGGCAAGGCCGACUACAUGAACCUUGCAGUUCGAAAUGUGAAAAAGAAAUAAUCUGUGGACACUGGUGUAUGGAACCAUGUAAUAUGAUUUGUCCACCCUGCAACAGACCUUGUGAAGUAAGUUGUCCUCAUUCAAAGUGCAAAAACCAGUGCGGAAAACCAUGUGUUGCGUGCAAGGAGGAAUGCGUUCGUCGGUGUAUGCAUGCACAGUGUAACAAGCUAUGUAGCGAUCCGUGUUCGGUACCUCCCUGCUCCGAGCCUUGUCCAUUAAUACAGGCUUGCGGACAUCCGUGCCGGGGCCUCUGUGGUCACCCCUGUCCAGGAGUUUGCAAGGUUUGCAAACCUGACGAGUUCCCUAAGGACUUCCUAGGCGAAGACUACGAUGAUGACGCAAAGCUAAUUUUAGUGGAAGAAUGUUUGCAUAUUUUUGAUGUUGAAGAAUUAGAUUCGUGGAUGUCUAGCAAAUCUGAGAUAAUAGGUAUAAAGUCCUGUCCAAAGUGUCGAAAGCCAAUAUUAAAGAGCUAUCGCUAUAAGGAUCAAAUAAACGAGAUAUUUAAAAACGACAUAAAUCCAAUUAAGAAAAAAUGUUACGGAACGUUCAAGCAAAUCAAGGUAAAGCAGGAUGACCUGGUAACAAAACUGGCAACAUUCCUUGAAGAACACAAGUCUAUUGCAGUGGAGUCGAGCAGCUGGAUGAAGGCAUUUCGUGUUUUGGAAAAGCAUGUAACCAAAAAUAGAACUACUUCCCUAAUAACAAUAGAAAUGAAUGUAAUAUACUUGAACGUUUUAGAGCUCCUUUCAGAAAAGUAUGAACAAUACAAUAUCUUAAAAACUGACAUUCUGAAAAAGGAAUUUAACAACAUUAUCACGACAUUAAGUGAACACCUAGCGCGAAACGUGAGGAAAAUUAGCUAUCAACAACAAAAAGAUAUCCAAAGCGAAUUAAAUCGUAUGCACGUGACACUUCAGUUUUCAAAAUUAUUGAGGGAAUCAGGUUUUGCUUCUUUAAGGAAUAAACCGUCCGUCGCAAAUGAUUAUUACGAUGACGCCAGAAAAGCUAUCUUAGGAUACAAUAGGUUCAACUUGGAAAAUGGUAUGGAUAGUUUAAAAUUACUCCAGGAAGAGCUCAAGGCUACAAGUGUCCUCUCAAGAGAAGAAAAAAACAUGAUCGUUCAAGCUAUCGGCUUGAAAGCCGGACGUUGGUUUAAAUGUCCGAACGGACAUCACUAUUGCAUUGGCGAAUGUGGUGGGGCUAUGGAGAUCGGGACGUGCCCAGAUUGUGGAGCUAAGAUAGGAGGCAGAAGCCAUGUACUCCUGUCGGACAAUACGCAUGACGGCGAAAUGGAUGGCUCAAGUUUUCCUGCUUAUUCAAACGAAAACAAUAUUCUAAAUUAUGCAUUGAACUAA